UCCGGUCCUUUCGUUUUCAUUUCCCGGAAGGUUACUUAAAAUAUAUCAUGCGAUCCUAAAAGUACUGAAAGGCUACCGUCGACUCAGUUUCAAUAUUCGGCCUUACCGUAGGCUAAAGACGAAUUUAUAGACUUCGCUGUUAAAGUUGCUUUAGCAAUUCAAACUAGUCAACUGUUAAAUUAACAGGAUUUGGGAAAAGUGGUUUUCUUCCAUCUCAGGUAAAGGAACAUGAGUGACGGCUCCUCACAACUACCUUUUAUCAAGGUAAGUUCAGUGCAGUAAACCAGGAAAUGCUAAACCUGUAUACAAUGUUAUUGAAUUUACUUUUAAACGAUGGGUGUAAUUAUGCUUUACAUGUAAUAAACACGUAGGCUAUAAUGGCGAAUUGACAUUGAAGAGAAAGUUCGCCUAAAGGAAUAUCAGAGUAAAACCGAAAUUCCCCGUAAGGAAGUAUUGGACCUCUCGUUUGUCAUUCCUAGCUCAUCAAAGUGAAAGGUGGCAAUAGCUUCAUACUCGAAAUGUAACCUACAAGCUCGACAGCCAUUUCAAAACUAGGAAUAGAUUACUUUCACUUUUAAUAUGAGAAUAACGUUUUGUUACGGUAUGAAUCACUUGCGUAGCCUGUAAGCUCCAGUAAUUGCGUUUAACGAAUUGGUAGGCUAACUGAACUUUUUUGUUGUUUUGCAGAGAUUUUUUGUUUUAAUAUUUAUUUGAAUUGCCAAGGUGCAACAGCUACGAAUCGUCAAGAAGAGUGAAUAAUAACAUAAUUAUAAAUAAAAUAAACUGAUAUUAUUAAUGUUCUAUACAUUUUUAUUACAAUAAAAUGCGUCGAAAGAUCUUAAUAGAAAAAACAGGGCCAAGGCGGUAAACAUUCAACAGGCUAUCCGACAUGUUUAUUAAUGAUGCGCAGUUAGUAUGUUUAAUACAGCAAAAGUUGAUGAUUGUUGUGUGCUUUCAGCAGGAUUGUGGGGGGAGAAGCAGCCCCCAAGCUGCUUGUUCGCCCGCUUCUCCCGCGGCAGUUACGGUCCCGCGCAGCCCAGUAUCUUCCGUAUAUCCUGGUGCUCACGAGGAGCUCUGUCGGCUCCCCGGAAGACUUCGCAUAAACCCGUCUCUAUGGGGUAAGGACGACGUGAGUCACUGGCUGCACUGGGCCCAGAAAGAGUACUCACUGCGCAGGACGGACCAGGCCAAGUUCGAGAUGAAUGGCAAAGCCCUCUGCCUCCUGACCAAAGAAGACUUCCGCCUGCGCUGCCCUAGUUCAGGGGACGUCCUGUACGAGCUUCUGCAGCAGGUGAAGCAGCAGAGGCGGGCCAUGGUGUGCUGUUACCUCCCCAGACCCUCGCAGAGGCCGGGCGCCCCUUCGCCUCCGCACAGAGACACAAACGGGAGCGCAGUUCCCCCUGGCCUGUCCUACAGGUCAGUCCCUGUGUGCGAGGGGAACCUACACCCCAACAGCUCGACCAUGGCCACGCAUAAGAAUGACCAUUUCCAGGACCUUAGGGAACUGUCUUCACCUCCUUUCACCUAUCCCAGGCAGCAGACACAUUUAGGAGAACUCUCUGUCCAAUCAGAUUUGCAGAGGAACCUGGCCCAGACUACUGCUGAGUCUGAACAGCACCUGUCGCCCGCGGCGACCGCACAGCACACCGGCUCCCUGGCCCGGCCCGGCCUACCCACAGUCCUCUGCUGCAAAGAGGAGCCUCUCAACCUGUCCAGCAGGGCGGCAAACCCCAGUUCCAGGAGCACUACCCAGCCCAGCGAAGCCAACGGCAAGAUUCCAGACUGCCGGCUGCUCUGGGACUACGUGUAUCAGCUGCUGUCCGACAGCCGCUACGCGCCCUUCAUCCGAUGGGUAGACCCAGAGUCCAUGGUGUUCCGGGUGGUGGAUCCCAACGGGCUGGCCCGGCUGUGGGGGAACCACAAGAACAGGGCUAAUAUGACCUAUGAGAAAAUGUCCAGAGCACUACGACACUACUACAAGCUCAACAUCAUUAAGAAAGAGCCUGGUCAGAAACUGCUAUUCCGGUUUCUGAAGACUCCAGAGGAGAUACUGAACAGCAGAGCUGACCGGCUGGACCAAGCAGAGUCCCCGGACCACCUGUCUUCCCCCGACUUCAGAGAGGACAGCCUGGAGGUGUCUCCUGCAUCCAGCCCCAGCCCUCCCUCCCCAGUGUCUGUAGCCACGCCCCUCACCCCCUCAGCCAUCUGAACCUGUCACACAUACCCAUCCCCUCACCCCCUCAGAACCACACACUCACCCCUCACCCCUCUCUGAACCUCACACACA